GGCCGGCGGGGCCUCGGUCUGGAGAGGAUUCAAGAUGACCAACGAAGAACCUCUUCCCAGAAAAGUUCGACUGAGUGAGACAGACUUCAAAGUUAUGGCACGAGAUGAGUUAAUUUUAAGAUGGAAACAAUAUGAAGCAUACGUACAAGCUUUGGAGGGCAAGUACACAGAUCUUAACUCCAAUGACGUAACUGGCUUAAGGGAGUCUGAAGAAAAACUGAAGCAACAACAGCAGGUGUCUGCGCGGAUGGAAAACAUCCUUGUAAUGAGACCAGCAACCAAGGAACAAGAGAUGCGAGAGUGUAGCACUCAAAUCCAGGACCUCAAGCAAGUCCAGCAGCCGAGUGUUGCCCAACUGAGAUCAACAAUGGUAGACCCAGCGAUCAACUUGUUUUUCCUAAAAAUUAAAGACAAACUGGAACAAGCCCAAAAUGAACUGAGUGCCUGGAAGUUUACGCCUGAUAGAGGCCUGAUGCCGUCGUACUAUUCCGAAGAAGUGCCCACCUCCGAAAAAUUCCCCUUCUAG